AUGGCAGCUGACCCACCUCCUGCAGAGAGAUUAUUAGGUGAUUACGGGGUAGCUAAUGCCCCGCCUGGAAGGAUGACAAUCGUGAAUCAACCAGUCAAUGUUGCCCACUUUCAACUUCAUCCCUCAACGAUACGGCAAUUAGAAAGGAGACCUUUCUCAGGAAAAAUUAACGAAGAUGCCAACAAGCAUUUGCAAAGGUUUCUGACUAUGACUACGUCGUUAAAGAUUGAGGGGCAUUCUGAGGAAGCUAAGAAGCUGGUCAUGUUUCCGUUUACAUUGUCAGAAGAUGCUGAAGAGUGGUUCUACUCUUUACCUGCUGGAAGCAUCACAACUUGGCAACAGAUGGAGACAACUUUUCUCAACGAGUACUUUCCGGCUUCUGUGUACAUCCGAAAGAGGUACGACAUAAAUUUUGUAAAUGGUCUUCGGAUGAAGACUAAGCAACUCAUUGACACAGCAGCUGGUGGCUCAACCAACUUUACAACGGCCACUGGUAUUAAAAAGAUUAUCGAAGCCAUUGCAGCCAAUGAGCACCUGGAGUUGUAUGACCGCAGUGUGAGUCAACCCGAAGGGAUAAUUGACCUGAAAUUGGCAAGUCAAGUGGUGAAGAUGGAAGAUCAAGUAGCAGCUGAAGUAGAAAGAAGACUGAAGAAGAUGGCUAUCGAUACUCAAACUGUGGCACAAGUUCAACCGGUUCAACCAACGCAAGCUAGUAAUUGUGAAAUUUAUGGAGGACCUCAUCUUACUGCACAUUGCGUUGCAACCGCACAACAAAUUGAGGAGAUUAAGUUCCUAAGGCAGAACAAUCCUUAUUCGAAUACCUACAAUCCGGGUUGGAAAAACCAUCCAAAUUUCUCAUGGAAGGAUCAACAAGGACAUGUGCAGAACCAACCACAGCAACAACAGUUUCGACCUCAGCAACAACAACCAUAUCAACAACAGUUUCAGCAACAGGUACCAAGAAAAGCUGAUUGGGAGCUUGCCAUUGAAAAGAUGGCCGCUCAAAGCUCGCAAUUUCAAGAAGAGACUCGAAGUAAUUUAAAAAACACAGGUGCUUCAAUUAAGAAUCUUGAAAUACAGAUGAGUCAGAUAGCCCAACAACUAGCGGGUUCUCAACAACAAGGCGUGUUACCGAGUUCUACGAUUACUAAUCCAAGAGAAAAUAAUCAUGUGAAUGCGGUGACCACAAGGAAGGGUAAGUCGAAAGAAGUACCUGAAAAGAGUUCUGAAGAAGAAGACUUAUUGCUUGAAGUUGAUCUAGAGAUAAAGAAAAUGAGGUCGCGAACGAAGAGGUCACUAGUGAUGAAAGAGUGGUAA